UUAUUGAAGUAUUAAUAUUUAAUGAUAUUGGGGCCAUUUUCGGCGAUGUCCUUUAAAUUCUCAAUUCAGAAACCGGUUGUAUAUCGUUUAUAUUUUUGACAGCCGGCCAAUGUAACUGUCAGAAUGGGCACCAUUACUUCCGAGGACGAUGCUGGCCGUCUACGCCUUGGGGGGAGCAAUGUAACAGGGACGAAGAAUGCAUGCAUGUACUGAGAGAUCCGUUCAGCAUGAUAUGUCAUGAUGGCAGCUGUGAUUGCGCGCCGGAGUACUACUUGAGGCAACGUGGAGAAUGCAGGAAGAAAGCAUUAGCCGUUGGUGACGCCUGUGUUAUUGACGAGGACUGUCAGUUUGAGGGUGGAGCUUGCCAAAUGUCCACAUUCACAUGCGUCAGCGAAUCAUCAGCAAAUGAGGACGUGACAGAAAUAAAAUCGGAACUUGCUGCAUCACCGACGACAUCUAUUGAGGAAAAUUCGGAAGUCGCAGCUUCACUGACACUAUCUGUUGAGACCAGACAACAUGGUCUAGUGUGUAGCAAUAAUAACGAUUGCGUAGCACCAUUCCAAUGUUCCAGUCUAGGAGUGUGCAUUUGCCCAUUGGGAUACUAUCCGAACGAUGCCGGAACAGUCUGCUUAGCUGAAAUGGGUUCGCCUGUUACGUCGCCUGAUCAAUGCGUCGGUAUGUUCACGGAAGUACGAGAUGGCAUCUGCAAUUGUCAAGUCAAUUUCUAUUUUGACGAGGCUAUGAGAGGUUGCGUGAAGCCUGCCAUAAGAUUAGAAGACUUCUGUUUCAAUGAUGCCACCUGUCACACUUUCGGUGUAUUCGCUCGGUGCGUAUAUACCGGACCAUGGGGCUUGCAUAGCUGCGAAUGUACCCCUGGAGAGACGGUGUGGAAUGAACAGAGGAGAAUCUGCGCAUUGUUUUCUGGUAUCGGUGAAAGCUGCGAGGUAGACAGUGACUGCAUCGCCGGAGAUAUAGAAAUACAAUGCGUGAAAAACGAUGAAGGUGUUGGCGUCUGCAGCUGUCCAGAAGGGCUCGUUGCUAUGGACGGUCUGUGCUUACAAAUGAAUCAGGACCUAGGAGACACUUGUCAGGUGGAUAUUGAAUGUUCUAACGUUGACAACGCUGUUUGCAGUAAUGGUAUUUGUUCAUGCGGUGGUGGUUAUCAGCAAAUUGGAGAUAGCUGUGCUCCUGAAAUUGGUGGUACAUGCGUGGAGACGGCUGAUUGUGCAAUAGAAAAUACAAUUUGUGUAAAAUCAACUAAUACGUGCCAAUGUAGUCCAGAGUUUGUUGCUUCUGCUGCUUCUUGCUGGCCAGCGGUAUCUGGUUACGGGUCUACUUGUAAUGUGACCGAGCAAUGCGCCGCAUCACUAGGUGAGGCAGGCGUGUGCGUCAACAGUGAAUGCGCGUGUCUCGAACAAUACCAUUUCAGAGACGGACAGUGCUGGGUUAAAACUGGUAUCUUCGAGGCUUGCAGUAGGAGCAGCGUCUGCUUCUUAGAGGAUGGUUCACACAGACUCGAGUGUAGGAACAGUUUGUGUCAAUGUACAUUUGACUAUCCAUACAUACCUGGUCAAGGGACUUGCAGUGAGUGUAUAACUAUCCUUACUUUGUAUAUAAAUCGAUUAUUGAGAAGAACUCAUAGACGUAGCCGUAGUCGUAGCUAUAGCCUACGCUUUAUAGGUUUUACACAUGAAUCUGUGGAUAUUGUUUUAGAAUUAAUCAUUUUUUAAUUUAAUCAAUGAUUUUGGUUGUUUUUGUUAA